GGUACAACCGGUUUAAUUAAUUACUGGAUAAAGCGAACCGGAAAGCAAAGAGGCGAGCAAUUAAAAUCGAACGCUGUGUUGAUCCGACGUGGUUAACCUCCAUGGACGGCGGAAACCUAGAAAACAACAACCGUAACCGUAACGGCACCUCCGGAGACCGUCUAACCGCCGAAUCCUUACCGUUAAUCGAUACGCGACUCUUAUCCCAAUCAGAACUCCGCGCUCUCUCUCUCUCCCAACCUCCUUCGUACUCUCUCGCUGCUUCCGCCGGCGUAGGCGACGAUUUGACGCCGAGAAUCGAUCGCUCCGUCUUCAAUGAGUCCGCCGGGAGUCGGAAACAGACGUUCCUCCGCGUCCGCCUCGCGCGCCACCCUCCGCCGCCGAGACCUCCUUCUCCGCAGCGAGAGAGAGACGAUUCCUCCCGUGAAGAAGUCGCGUCGCUUCUCAGAUCUCUGUUCUCCGUCGAUUCGGCUCAGACGAAAGAGGAGGAUGAAGUCGAAGGUCAGCCGCUGAUCUCGUUUCCGAUCUAUAGUAACAGCAUUGUGUAUCAGAAUCCGUAUUUUGAUUCUGUUCAGGGAAAUGCCGGUGAGGAAACGAGGAAGAGGCCAGGGAGGCCGAGGAAGGUUUCGAACGGUAGCGAUUUAGGGAUCUUUGUGGAGUCUAAUCCAGGGAAGAGGAAGAGAGGUCGUCCUCCAAAGAUUAGAGAUGGUUUUAAUCAGCAAGUGGUGGAUAAGGAAGAGAGUGUGAAUUUGGAGAAUAGAGAAGGUAUAGUGGUUGAUUUGAAUGCAUUGGCUUGUAUUGCAGAAGAUCCGUAUGGAGAGGAGCUGAGGAGGAUGACGAUGGGGUUGGUGACCAAUGAAGAGUUGUUAGGUUUCUUGGAAGGGAUGAGUGGUGAGUGGGUGAAUGCUGGGAAGAAGAAGAAAGUUGUGAAAGCUUGUGAUUUUGGAGGAUACUUGCCUAGAGGAUGGAAACUUAUGCUCUGUAUCAAAAAGAAAGGUAGCAGUAUAUGGUUGGCUUGUCACAGAUACAUCAGUCCUGGUGGACAGGAGUUUGCAACCUGCAAGGAAGUCUCCACAUAUCUGCAAUCUCUUCUUGAGUCCCGAAGCAAGAACCAGCUCAAUUCAUUUCAAUUUGACAACAAGACUCUAGAACAACCAGUUAUGGCUAAUGAACCUGUAGUAGAUAACAAUGAUUCAAUCGACUUUCCUGUGACGAGCCAGAGUUUUGAGACUAAGAGAACGAGCAGUGAGGUGUGUGAUGAAGCGAAAGGCACAGUAAAUGGCGAUACAAUAGGUCGAGUAGAAACCAGACUUGUGGUGGAAGAUGAUAAUGGGAUCCCUGCAGAAAAUUUUGUGAAUGGAGACAACAAAGAAGACGAUAUGAAGCAAAGAGAUGAUAACAUGGAGAAUUUGGCAGCUCUAUCCAACUCUAACUGAGAAGCUACAAGAAAACCCCUGAGUUUCUGUGAACUAAUUGAUUUCUCAUUGUAGUUAACAGAUUUUGCAUGUUUUAGCUGACAACAGGAUAUCGAAUUUGAAAAGGUACAUGUACAAAACAAUUGAUAGAAAACCAG